AUGAUCUCCCACAAACUCUGCUGCUACGUCUCCAUCCUCGUAGUCCCCUUCCUUGCACAGCUCGCCUCCGGCGACGUGCUGUGGCAAGAAUGCGAUAACAGCCGGAACUACACGGCGAACAGCGCCUUCCAAUCAAACCUAAAGCAGCUCUCCUCCACCCUCCCAACUGAAUCCUCCUCAUCUCCCACCCUCUUCGCUACCGCCGCCGUAGGUGCCAUCCCGGACACCGUGUACGCGCUCUCGCUCUGCCGUGGCGACACCACCAACGCCUCCGCCUGCGGCGACUGCGUCGCCAAUGCCUUGCGGGACGCGCAGCAGGUGUGCUCGUACAACAUGGACGUGACCAUCUACUACGACACCUGCUACCUCCGCUUCUCCAACCAGAACUUCGUGACUUCCAUCGACAACACCAAACGGCACAUCAUGCCCAAUGGGGAGAACGUGACGUCGCUGGCCGCAACGUUCGACGCCGCCGUGGGUGUCCUCCUUGCCGCUGUUGCGGACUACGCAGCGCUGAACUCAUCCAAGCGGUUUGGCACAGGGGUAGAGGACUUCGACGUGAGCACCCCGAGAGUCUAUGCGCUGGCGCAGUGCACGCCGGACAUGGCACCGGCCGAUUGCCGGAGCUGCCUGGAGGGAAUAGUAAGGGUGAUGCCGAAGCACUUCAGCAGGCGGCAGGGAGGUAGGAUCCUGGGUUUACGGUGCAACUACAGGUUUGAGCUAUAUCCUCCGUUCUCCGGCAAUCCGCUUCUACACCUCCCAGCACCGUCCUCGGGCGUGAAACCAUCGGUAGAUGGAGAUGGAGAUUCUGGAAACUGGGAAAGCGUUCCAAACAUCAGUUUAUCCAUGCUUAAUCUGUCAACACUGGAAGUUGCAACUGAGAACUUUUCAGAAGGAAAUAAGCUUGGGGAAGGAGGGUUUGGUGCCGUUUACAAGGGAUCCCUUGCUGAUGGCCAAGAGAUAGCAGUGAAGAGACUGUCACAAGGUUCAGCACAAGGAAUAGCAGAGCUAAAAACUGAGCUGGUUUUGGUUGCUAAGCUUCAGCACAAAAACCUUGUGAGGCUUAUCGGCGUUUGUUUGGAAGAACACGAGAAGCUCGUUAUCUAUGAAUACAUGCCCAAAAGAAGCCUUGACACGAUUCUCUUUGAUCCUGAGAGGAGCAAGCAUCUUGAUUGGGGGAAGAGGUUCAACAUAAUAAAUGGAAUUGCCCGAGGUUUGCAAUAUGUUCAUGAAGAUUCUCAGUUGAAAAUAAUCCACAGAGACCUCAAAGCAAGCAAUGUUCUGUUAGACUCCGAUUUGAAUGUGAAGAUUUCAGACUUCGGUUUGGCGAGGUUGUUUGAAGGGGAUCAAUCAAAGGAUGUCACAAACAGAGUUGUUGGGACGUUGUAA